CUUUUGACUCCCUCCCCUACUUCUACUUCUUCUUCUUCCUGUGGCCACUCUCUACACAGUCCACAUAAACCUACUUCUCUGACGAAGACAGAGAGAGCUUCAUCACCUUCAGAUCGGCGCCAGAUCCCUCGCCGCAUCUUCUCUCCACUAUCCCUGAACGUGGCAGCAGAUAUGAUGGAAUCCGGCGCUGGCUUCGCGGCGAUGGAAGAGAGGAUCCCAAUCCCUCCUCCGGGAAGUUUCUUCCAGUUUCCUCUCUCUGGUGGAUUCCGUGCUCCUUCUCCCAAUCGAUCCCCUUGUCCUCCCUCUAAUCGUGAAAGGUACUUGGCUGAUUUAUUGCAAGAGAGACAAAAGUUGGCUCCUUUUCUGCAAGUUAUGCCACAUUGCUGCAGACUACUUAAUCAAGAGAUAAGGAGGGUUUCCAGUUUGUCUGAUUUUGAUAGGUGUGAUAAUGGCAGUCCAUUUAGAUCACUUGGCCAGCCGGCAAAUGGAAAGCUUGAUUUGGACGGAUGGUCAAUGAUGCAAGGAGAGGAUAAUUUUCAUCUUCAGAGAGGUUCACCAUUUCGUGCUCCUCCUCCAGUGGGCUGGGGUGGUAUGCCAGGACUCCACGCCCCACCCAUUGUGAAAAGAAUUAUUAGGCUUGAUGUGCCUGUGGACAAAUUUCCAACCUAUAACUUUGUUGGGAGGAUUCUCGGGCCACGUGGGAACUCUUUGAAGAGAGUUGAGCUAGCAACACACUGUAGGGUGUUUAUUAGAGGACGAGGAUCUGUGAAGGAUACUGUCAAGGAGGAGAAGCUCAAAGGUAAGCCAGGGUACGAGCAUCUCUGCGAGCCACUACAUAUACUGAUCGAAGCUGAGCUUCCAGAGGACAUAAUACACUCUCGAUUGGAGCAUGCAGUGCAUUUCCUGGAGUCCCUCCUAAUGCCAAUGGAUGAAUCAAUGGACCACUACAAAAGGGAACAGCUGAAGGAGUUAGCGGCUUUGAAUGGUACGCUAAGAGAGGAGAGUCCAAGUCUGAGCUUGAGCCCUUGUUUGAGUCCGAGUAUGUCCCCUUUCAACAGCAAGCGUGCCAAGACUGGACAAUAAAGAUUUUUACUCAAGUGAUGAUCAAGUUCAAAUGGCAUGGUCGUGUGGGCAAGAGAAAAGGCCUCUAUGCAUUGCUCUUAUCUAUCUGGGAGGUGACAAUGUUCUAAUUAACGUUUGAGACUCUUCAAUUAAUUUUUUUUUUUCCCUGUCAUUAAGUUUAUUCUUUAUUGUUGAACAUUUUUGUUGGCUUUAGCAGAGAUGACCAAUAACCACUGCGUAAUAAACUUAAUAAUGGUGUUUUAUGAAAUGUAAUCUCUUUCUGAAUCAUGCAACUUUUGUAAGUUCGAAACCAAAGAUAUAAAUUUCCUUAAUGUGUCUUUGGAGUUGAAUGAAUCUAUUUUAUCUUACAUGUAAAAGAACAUGCCAAUACAAACAAAUAUACCCAAGGCAUUUUGUUGACAAAUUGUAUUUUUGUGUUUAAUCUCGAAGGCCUAAUUCAACCUCGAGUUCAUCAUCUUCCUCAAAGAGUUUCAACAGUCGAGCGUACUGCUCGUCUCUUUUCUUCUUCUGCCAUAACCUGUAUAGAAAGAAGGAGAACACAGCUACAGCCACCAAUCCGACCAGUAUGAGGAUUACUUUUGUCCCUGUUCCGCCUGAAGAAGUGUGAGACUCUGCUUUAGCUCCUGAAUUUGCAUUCUUGGAAUCUCCCGAUAGACCU